UACGGAAGCCGACGCGGUCCCUCCGCGGAGCCCGGGUACCGACCUGCCGGUUCUUCCCUCGUCCCCGGCCCAGGUAGCGCUAAGGAUGGCUGUUCUUCUGAAGAGGUUGACACUACAAACCUCAAUUGGAACAUAUUUCAGCAAACACAUUGUAAAACCAGACCCAGCACAGCUGUCCCUGACUGCCUCCACCCCGAAGCUCUUGUACCUCAUUUUGGCCAAAGGUUUCAGUACUGAUGGAGACACCCACAGUGAGAAGAGACAGAAAAGGAAAGAUGCUUUUACUAACACUGGGAGGAAAAUUAGUGAGCGGAUUAUCCACGUCCUGGAUGAGAAAGGCAGUGACCUGGGAAUGAUGCACCGAGCGGAUGUGAUCAGACUCAUGGACAAGCAGGACUUGAGGUUGGUGCAGAGGAACGCCAGCUCAGAGCCACCCGAGUACCAGCUCAUGACCGGAGCGCAGAUCCACCAGGAGCGCCUAAGACUCCGGGAACAGGAAAAGACCAACCCCAAAACUGGACCAGCUGUGACAAAGGAACUCAUUUUUUCUUCAAAUAUUGGACAGCAUGAUUUGGACACAAAGAGUAAACAGAUUCAGCAGUGGAUUGAGAAAAAGUACCACGUUCAAGUCACAAUAAAGAAGGCGAAAAAUGCUGAGCAGCCGGGGAAUGAGAUGGAUGAGAUAUUUAACCAGAUUCUCCAGACUAUGCCUGGGAUAGCAACCUUCUCAAGCAGACCGAAAGCCGUCCGAGGAGGGACCGCCUGCAUGUGUGUUUUUCGUCCCUUGAGCAAGAAAGAAGCAAAGGCGUACAGAGACUCUCAGGAGACUGAGGGAAGAGAAACUUUGAACAAAGAUGACAGAAACAAGGAGUCAGAUGUUCUGUGCCAGGGACUUUAAUUUAAAAAAACCCAGGCUCGUGCAGAAGUCCCUGCUGGCUGCCCUGGAGUUCCUCACACAGCCAGAGGUGCCUAGUGGAGGGGAGUGAUGGAGCUGGCACCAGCAUCUUGCCUUCCGGGCUGCUGCUGGACUCUGUGCUCUUAGAGAUGGGGGAGUCUGCCUCUUGUUUCCUUUUAGGAGGCAAGUACCCACUAAGGCGAGAGGCCAAACUCCGUCUUUCCCGAGGCGGCUUUACCUUUGGGAGUAAGGAAAACAAACAACUGAAUCCCCCGUCACAACAGUCACCGUCCGCAAUGAAUGGACUCACAGGCAGACAUACACAUGGGGGGGGGGGGUAGGAGGACGGAAGGCAAGCAGACACCACAGCUGAGGGCUGAGCCUAGCAGCUCCACUUACUUUGAGCUUCACCCUCUUCCUGUCGGGAUCGUGCACAAUGCUGUGCCUCAUGAGGCUUUGCUGCAGUGCAGGAAAAAGAAGGCCGCUUUAGAAACCGUUGGUCCGGGGCUGGAGAGGUGGCUUGGUGGUUAGAGCACCUCUUGCAAAGGACCUGGGUUCAGUUCCCAGAAACCACAUGGCAGCUCACAAUCACCUGUAUGCUGGUUUCAGUAAUUAGCUUUUUAAAAAAUUAAAAGCUCUUGGUAUCUACUGACAUUAAAAUGUAAUGAGAUGGUGCAAUAAACUACCAACUGCC